CGCCGCCGCCGCCGCCGCCGCCGCGGCUUGAGGGCGGGAGGCUGGGGGAGGGUAGCGGAGCCGGCGCCGCCGCCAUGUUGGGUCUGAGGAGACUGCUGUAGGCGCCGACCGAGCAAGUGGGCGUACGGAGCGGCCCCAGCGGCGUGGGAUCUGCCUCUCUGCGAGCGGCCCGGGGCGGCGGCGGCGCCAUGAGCGGGGGCACCCCUUACAUCGGCAGCAAGAUCAGCCUUAUCUCCAAGGCGGAGAUCCGCUACGAAGGCAUCCUCUACACUAUCGACACCGAGAACUCUACAGUAGCUCUCGCCAAAGUUCGGUCCUUUGGUACAGAAGACAGACCAACAGAUCGUCCAAUACCACCUCGAGAUGAAGUCUUUGAAUACAUUAUAUUCCGUGGGAGUGAUAUUAAAGACCUAACUGUUUGUGAGCCACCAAAACCACAAUGUUCUUUGCCUCAGGACCCAGCUAUCGUUCAGUCUUCACUAGGCUCAUCUACUUCUUCAUUCCAGUCAGUGGGCUCCUACGGACCUUUUGGCAGGAUGCCGACAUACAGUCAAUUCAGUCCAAGUUCAUUAGUUGGGCAGCAGUUUGGGGCUGUUGGUGUUGCUGGAGGCUCCUUGACAUCCUUUGGAACAGAAGCAUCAAACAGCGGUACCCUCUCCCAAAGUAGUGCAGUUGGUUCUGCCUUUACACAGGAUACAAGAUCUCUAAAAACACAAUUAUCUCAAGGUCGUUCAAGCCCUCAGUUAGACCCUUUGAGAAAAAGCCCAACCAUGGAACAAGCAGUACAGACCGCCUCGGCCCACUUACCUGCUCCGGCACCUGUUGGGAGAAGGAGCCCUGUAUCAACCAGGCCUUUACCAUCUACCAGCCAAAAAGCAAUAGAGAAUCAAGAGCACAGGCGAGCUGAAGUACAUAAAGUUUCAAGACCAGAAAGUGAGCAGCUCAGAAAUGAUAGCAAGAGACAAAUAGUUCCAGGUGCUCCUUCAGCUCCAAGGAGAGGGCGUGGAGGUCAUCGAGGUGGCAGAGGAAGAUUUGGUAUUCGACGAGAUGGUCCAAUGAAAUUUGAGAAAGACUUUGACUUUGAAAGUGCGAACGCACAAUUUAACAAGGAGGAAAUCGACAGAGAGUUUCAUAAUAAACUUAAAUUGAAAGAAGAUAAACUUGAGAAACAAGAGAAGCCUGUAAAUGGUGAAGAUAAAGGAGACUCAGGAGUUGAUACCCAAAACAGUGAAGGAAAUGCAGAUGAAGAAGACCCACUUGGACCUAACUGUUAUUAUGAUAAAACUAAAUCCUUCUUUGAUAAUAUUUCUUGUGAUGAUAAUAGAGAACGGAGACCAACCUGGGCUGAAGAACGAAGAUUAAAUGCAGAAACAUUUGGAAUCCCACUUCGUCCAAACCGUGGCCGUGGAGGGUACAGAGGCAGAGGAGGUCUUGGUUUCCGUGGUGGCCGAGGGCGUGGUGGUGGCCGAGGUGGUACCUUUACCACCCCUCGAGGAUUUCGUGGUGGAUUCAGAGGAGGUCGUGGGGGCAGGGAAUUUGCAGAUUUUGAAUAUAGGAAAGACAACAAAGUUGCUGCAUAGUCUACAAACAAGUCUUUGAGAAUAGAUGGAUUUCUAGCUCUUCAUGGUCUCCUGAGAAUUGGUUUUAGUCUUUGCGAAGAAUGAAGAAGUGAAUUUGCUGUAUAUUUGUCACCAGCACUGGGUUUUUGUUUGUUUGAUGUUUUUCUGCUUAAUUUCAAAGAUACAAUGCUAUUACUUUUGGGGGGGAAGGCUCUUGAAAAAAUGAGCAUUCAGUAUAUUUGGAAUAGCAGGUUAAGUAACUUCUUACAUAUAGUUAAACUAAAGCAGUACUCCAGUGGGACUAUAAGUAUUUUUUCAUCACUGAAAGGAUUUUUCUUAUCACUAAAUUUUAUUUGGCAAUUAUUGCAAGUUGCCUGCAGUUAGGGCCCUGAUACUGUGUUUUGAGCCACAGAAGGUUUUGUGUGUGUGCGUGGAUGUCUGUGUCUGUCUUGUCUAUAUCUUUUUCUUUCUCUCUUUCUCUCUUUACUUUUUGGAAAUCCUGUCAUAUCCCUUUUGUAGUUGCUUAUUUUGUCAAUUAAUUAGGGUGCUGGAUGGUGGAGAAUUUUGUCAGUCAACUAUGUACACACAGUAAAUACUGUUUCUUAGGCAAAGGUAACUUUUUUAUAUAGUUGUAAAAUUCCAUUAUAUUCCAUUGCCAAAGAAACAUUAAGAACUUUGUAUAGCUGUAUAAAAAGCAACUAAUUUUUUAAAGAAUAAACAUUUUAAAGUCAGCAAACAUACUGUGUCCUUGCAGAAGUUGAUGUGCUGAGGAGCAGAACAAUGGGUGGGUCUUUUUUUCAAAGCUUUCCAGGCUUAAGAUUGUUGAUUUUGAUUUUUUUGUUUUUAAUAUUUGGAACAUAAAUGAAGAUUUGAUACAUUCUUCCAUUAUCUAAAAAGGAUAAAUUACUCAUGCUUAUUGUAAGAACUUUAUUUUGUAGCAAAUGGCAUAUCACAGGAUUUAUCCAAAUAAUAGAUAUUUUCAGUAUACAAAUGUAAAUAAUCAUAGAUAAGAAUGUACUUAGCUGUAUUUUCAAAUAAGUACUUUUCCUUCUUUUUUUAAGACAAUAAAACUAGGUGUCAAUUAACCUGUUCUUCCUAAUAUGCCUGGAAUUUUGUUGUGAUACCUUGACUCAUCCCAUUAUAUUUCAGGAUUCAGAGUGUUAGAAAUUAUUUUAGCAACAUAUAAGAUAUCAUAACACUGGUCUUUAGGCCUGUGACCCACAAAUGACUCAGUAUAGAGUUCAUUGCUAAUUAUAAAUUGCAAGUAAAUCUUUUUGAUAUUUUAAGCUAUAGUGGAAAAAAAAUCUGGCCGUUUUGUGUUUUUAUGAAGGCCAUGGAAUAAAGGGAUCCAAAGAUUUAAACAUUUUUAUCUAUUUUGAUUUUUGUUAACUUUCUCCUUAAAAUAUUCAGUAGUGAUAAAGAUAUGAAAAACUCCACUAUAGGAGAAUUGGAGUAUUUAAAGGCGCUUGAUAUUUUUAAUUUAAUUUUAUAUCUUUUGUAUAGCUCUAAAGGAAAAUGUUUUGUAAUUUGGUUUCAUUAUUAAGGUCUAGUACUUGACAGCCAUAGUUUAGAUAAUAUUGUUUAAUACUGUUUGCUUGCAUGCUAACAACAAAAUCUUUUGGAGGACCCACAAAUCAUGAUAUUGAACACAUUUCUGAGGCAUUCUGAACAUCAAGUUCUAUGGCAAUACCUGUGUAAACUGUUUGAGAUGUCCCAGGCUGAUUUGAAGAAGAAAAACUGUAAAUACUAGUUUCUACAUGCUCUGAAACUAUGAAUUCAUGCAUUUUCCAAGCCCUCUGGGUCAAUAACUAGGGCAUUUGGUGCCCCAAUAAUAACUGGCAGCAUGGCAUACCUGCAGUGCACCUUACAAUAUUAAAGCAAGGUUUUUAUUCUAAGACAGAAUAAAACUGUUCAAUAAAAAAAUGUUCGUCAAA